CUCAGUCUUAAAUCACAUACAUUAAGCCGUCCCCAAUUUUUUAUUCUUCUUUCUAUGAAAGAUCGAAGAUGAUGAGUAGGAUAAGGCUGCUUCUCCCAAAGAUAAAUACAACAAUUCAUACUCGUGCCUUCCAAAAGCCUAUUCAACAUAAAAGUCUUGUCUAUUGAAGUUACAAACUCAGCAAAAUCAAAAACGUGCUGCGACUUGGAAACCAGGGAAGAGUCACAAAGACGUGCCACGACCUGGAAAUCAGAGAGCAAAAUCAAGUCCUCGUACCUACUCUGCCUAUAAAAUAUAGAUAGUGUACACUAGAAAACAAAAUAAAAUAAGGAACUCCUUGUUUACAGUUAAUAUGGACAUUCCACUGUUUUCAUGGUAUUCUGUGCUCCAUACUGCUGCUUCGCUUUUAUUCUUCUUCUUUCUAUGGAGAAGAGAGCGGAGGACAGGGCGUCCUCUGCCUCCUGGUUGGCCUAUUGUGGGAAACCUCUUUCAGCUGGGAAAAAGGCCUCACGAGUCUCUCUACGCCCUCUCUCUGAAAUACGGCCCACUGAUGACUCUCCGUCUGGGAAUGAAAACAACAGUGGUGGUGUCCUCUCCUGCCAUGGCCAAGGAGGUCCUUAAAUCACACGACCUAAUCUUCGCGGGACGGACGGUGAUAGAAGGCGUCAAAUCUAUUUCUCACCACAAGUCGUCCCUAAUUUUUAGCGAUUACGGAACUCAGUGGCGCCAUCUCCGACGUAUUUCAACUGUUGAGCUUUUCAGCAGCAUAAGACAGGAAGCUCUGCAACAUCUCAGAAGAUAGGAGGUAUUUCACACAAUUAAACUACUUUAUGACGACAAGGGAAAGGUUGUGGAUAUCGGGCGGACGGUGUUCUGCACGUCUCUAGAUUUGUUAGGCAACAUGAUCUUCAGCACAAGAGUCUUCGAUCCCCACAAUCCAGCUUCUGCGGCCUUCAACCAUUCCGUCUGUGAACUGAUGAGGCUCGGAGGAAAGCCCAAUUUGGUGGACUAUUUCCCGUUUCUACGGUUCCUGGACCCGCAGGGCGUGUGCCGUCAGAUGGCCAAGCAUUUCAAGGAAAUGUAUGACUUUGUGGAUUUGUUCCUACAGAAAAGGCUCGCCUCCGGAAGUGAAAGUCAUAGGAAGAACGACUCCAUGAAGGAUUUUCUGGAUGUUCUGCUGGAUUUCAGAAGUCAAGAAUUCACACUCGUUGAUAUUCGAGCCUUGAUAGCUGAAUUUUUUAUCGCCGGUACUGAAACAACAACCUCAACAGUAGAAUGGGCCAUGGCAGAAUUCAUUCGCAAUCCGCAGAAACUAAACCGAGUCCGACAAGAAUUGGAUGAAGUAGUUGGAUGCAACAGAAGAUUGGAAGAAUCUGACUUAGAUCGUUUGCCUUAUCUUCAUACAGCUGUUAAAGAAAUAUUCCGAUUGCACACCCCAGUUCCCCUGCUGCUUCCCCAAAAAGCUGAAAGCUCGUGCGUGCUCCAGGGAAUUGUGAUACCCAAAGACAGCCAGGUAUUGGUGAACGUGUGGGCCAGUGGGAGGGACCCUUCAAUUUGGAAGAAGCCCUCAGAAUUUCUGCCCGAGAGAUUUUUGGAGGGUGAGAAUAGCAAGAUAGAUUACAAGGGACAAAACUUUGAGCUAAUUCCGUUCGGAGCAGGAAGAAGGAUUUGUGCUGGGCUUCCAUUGGCAAGUCGUAUGGUUCAAUUGAUUUUGGCUUUGUUACUUCAUUCAUUUGAGUGGAUGCUUCCGGACGGGAGGAGCUGUGAAGAGAUGGACAUGACUGACGAGCUUGGAAUUACUUUAAAGAAGUCUGCAGAGUUAACUCUAAUCCCCGUACCACGUCUCUCACAUCAUGCAUAUGAGCAAUAGUGUGGCAGUGUGGGUCAGGAAUUUUAUUGAAUGUUAUCACACAUAUUAAAUCAAUAAAUCAAAAUCUAGAAAUGUCUUAGG